CAUUGGGGAAUAGCAAAUAAGCACUAAGCAGCAACCAAGCAAACUACAUGGUUUUUCAGUUACAAGGACUUAGCAUCAGGAAGAUCAAUAUAUAGGCAUAUAGGAACUGGGGUUCAUCCGAAAUUGAUUGAGGCUUCCAAAAUGGGGUUUGUGGAUAUCUUAAUUGCUGCAUCCAUGCCAGUCUUGAAAGUUCUACUGAUUACUGCACUUGGGUCAUAUCUUGCUUUAGAUAGUAUUGAUAUCUUGGGGACAGAUGCUAGGAAGCACUUGAAUAUUGUAGCAUUUUAUGUAUUAAAUCCAGCCCUUCUAGCAGCCAAUCUAGCCAAGACAAUCACAUACGAUAGUAUGCUCAAAUUGUGGUUCAUGCCGCUUAAUAUCCUUAUCACGUUUGUUAUUGGUUCAAUCCUUGGAUUGUUGGUUAUGCACAUAACUAGAGCACCUAAACAUCUGAGAGGCCUCAUAGUUGGUUGCUGUGCUGCAGGUAACUUAGGGAACUUGCCUCUCAUUAUAAUACCAGCAGUUUGUAAAGAAAGAGGAAGUCCAUUUGGGGAUCCUGAUUCUUGUAGUACGUAUGGAAUAGCUUAUGCUUCACUUUCACUGGCGAUGGGAAACAUUUAUUUGUGGACCUAUGUAUACAAUAUUGUCAGGGUCUCCUCAAGAAGCACCAGCAAUUGCUCCAAUGCUGUAAGCGAAUCCAACAAUGAAUCUUGCAGAAAAUCCACUGAAUCAGACCAGACAAGUUGUUCAGAACCUUUACUUGUAUCCCAGGACCUGAAUGUGGAUCAAUAUGUACUACCAUGCACUACAUUUGAAGGAAAAGAUGAGGUGGCAGCUACUAUUAUUAGCUUGAAGAAGCAUUUAUGGCUGUUUCUAAGAAAGAUUGAUCUGAAGAAAUCACUUGCUCCCUCGACUAUUGGAGCGAUUGUUGGAUUUAUAGUUGGAUUGGUCCCUCAGACGCGGCAGGUUUUGAUAGGCAACGAAGCUCCAUUACGUGUGAUUCAGGAUUCAGCUUCCCUCUUAGGAGAUGCAGCCAUUCCUUCUCUCACUUUGAUAGUUGGGGCAAAUCUCCUUAAAGGUUUGCAAGGAUCGGGAAUCCAGAAAUCCAUAAUUAUUGGCAUUAUCAUUUCAAGAUAUAUCAUCCUGCCUGUAUCAGGAAUCUUUAUUGUUAAAUGGGCAGUUCAACUAGGUUUGGUGCAGUCAGAUUCAUUGUACCUGUUUGUUCUUCUGAUUCAGUAUGCAGUUCCACCUGCCAUGAACAUAGGAGCAAUCACUCAAUUGUUUGGGACAGGAGAGAAUGAAUGUUCUGUCAUCCUGCUGUGGACUUACCUCUUGGCUUCAAUCUCACUAACUUUUUGGUCAUCUUAUUUCAUGUGGCUUGUGUCGUGAACUUCAGGUCAAGAUUAGUUUGGGAUCGAGUCUCGAACUUAUUUAAUGUUACAUGUUGUUUUACCAGAACUAUCUGCAGGUCUGGUCACUACUAUUUGUUCUAUUUCAGUUGCAUAGUUUCAAGUGAAUUCAAAAUGUUAAUAUUAUUAUGCUUAUUUAAUUGUAACUAAAGUUACAAAUUUAAUAUAAACACUUUA